CCAAGCGACAGGCGCUGCCACCCGGCCCCGAGCCCCGGAGCUGCCUUGGCCGCUCUGUUCCGAAUUCGGGUCAAACCCCGGGGAACCGGGGCAGACGAUGCGGGGCCUGUGCUUGGAACGCGCUCGCCCUGUCUCGCCGCGGGCGGCCCGCGCCGCCUGGCAGGCUGGGGCACAGCAGGGACGGACCCGGCUGCCCCCCACACGGGCUAAUGCCAGCCAUCCCCUCACGGCUCAGCUGGGCUGAGCAGCAGCUGCCCCGCGAGGAGCAGCCGUGGCACUCCCCCGCUGGCGGGGCAGCCCUCAGCUCCGUGUCCCGGCAGCGGCCGCGCCCCCGGCCGGCCAGAGCCGCUGGCACCGCCUGAGCCCCGGCGUCCUCCACAGCUCUGCCCCCGGAGCUGCCUCAGGCCGGCUGCUGCUGCGGGUCCAAACAGGGUAGCGGAGUACGGGUUACAAUUAACAGAAUUAAAAAUAGGCUUUGAAUAAACUGAACACCGGCAGAGGCUAGAAAUGUGUUGUGCAGGUGGCACAUUAGGAGGAAAGUGAGUGGUAUUACUGAAACAAAGGUAAUCCAAGACACCGCAGCGCGGGAGCUUCGACUACCAGGAUGGCCUGGGACUCCUUGUGCAGCCAGGAUUUACGGCGGCCUAGGAUAAGAAGUGCCUCAAGCUGGAUGCCCGACAGUGGGAGCAGCACUGGGACACCAUCCCUGGAGGAGCUGCGGCGCCUGCUCUGCACACGCACACACCCCACAGGGCACGUGGAUGAAGUCUGGCCAAACCUUUAUGUGGGAGACCUGUACGUCGCUCGCGACAAGGCCCAGCUGAGCCGCAUGGGCAUCUCCCACGUCGUGAAUGCCGCUGCCGGGAGAUUCCGCAUCAACACUGGGCCCAAGUUCUACAACGACUUGCCUGUGGAUUACUACGGAGUAGAAGCAGAGGACAACCCAAACUUUGAUCUCAGCAUUCAUUUCUAUCCAGUUGCUCAAUACAUCAGAGAAGCCCUGAAUUCCCCAAGAGGCAAAGUACUGGUUCACUGUGCAAUGGGAAUCAGUCGGUCUGCAACUCUUGUCCUCGCUUUCUUAAUGAUCUGCGAAGGUAUGUCCCUCGCCAGCGCCAUCCAGACUGUGCGCUCCCACAGAGGGAUCUGCCCCAACUCCGGCUUCCUCCAGCAGCUGCGGGACUUGGACCUCCAGUUAGGAAGGGGCACAGGCAGAGGAGCAGAGGCCUGCUAGUGCCAAGAAGAAGCUUUGUCUCCUGGCACCAGGCCAAGAGAUGCUGCCCUCACUGAAGAGUGCAAGGAUGCUGUCAGGUCUGCUCUGUAGCUGCACGCAGAAACUCUGGGGAAAGGCUGAGCAUAAGCAAACUCUUAGGAGCUGUCAGGCAUGUAUUUUUUGCACAAGCUCACUAAUUGGAAAGAAAAUGGAAUAAAGAAGGAUUCAAACUGGCAGUUUUGCUCACCUGGGCCUGUUUAUUUAACUACCUGUUGGGCAGGGCACAGGGAGCAGCUGGGUUUUCAUGUAGAAUUAAAAGUCAGCACAGUUGACUUGAAAAAGACUUUUUACUUGCUUAUAAUUGCAUUUAUUUGGCAAGAGGGAAAAUGACUAAACUAGUAAAAUGAAAGGAAAGCAUAAGG